AGGCUGCUGGGAAUUGUAGUCCGAUGUGGGGUCAGCGCCCCGCCUCUUUCCCAGAGCGCGGUCUCGCCCCUUCCGUUUCCGGUGACGCGGACCCGGCGCCGGAAGCUGCGCUGGUGCUGAGUUGGUGUCGCUGCUGCCGGGGGAGCUGGAAUGGCGCCAAAGGGGAAGGUGGGAACCAAAGGCAAAAAGCAGAUUUUUGAAGAGAACAAGGAGACUCUGAAAUUCUACCUGCGGAUCAUCCUUGGUGCUAACGCCAUUUAUGCAGUUGUGAACCUGGUGAUCUUCUACACAACAGCCUCCUUCUGGACCUGGGUUGCGUUUGUGUUUAGCAUGGUGAUCUACGGUGCCAGUUACCGCUCCAUGAGCUCCAUGGCAAAGGCGUCUUUCACAGACGAUGGCAACCUUGCUGACGGGGGAAUUGACCUGAAUAUGGAGCAGGGGAUGGCAGAGCACCUCAAGGAUGUGAUCUUACUGACAGCCAUUGUCCAAGUGCUCAGCUGCUUCUCCCUCUAUGUCUGGUACUUCUGGCUCUUGGUGGUGGACAGGUCUAUUGCCGACAUUCCCCACAUCCAGAAAAUGGUCUCUGCGAUGCAGCCCAAACAGUCAGUGGCAAACCAUCAAAGAUGAACUAUAAGCCCACUGAAGUGAGAUGGAUGCUAUGGCAGCAAAGAGAUGGCCCUCUGCAUAAAGGCAAAAGACUGAUUCAGUGUCUCACAGGGUGGAGAAAGACACGCUGCAGCAUCCAGCCACUGAGAAAGAACCUGGGUGAGUGGGGAUGCUGCAUGCAAGAUGCAGUCCUAGGUCCUGGGGACUAGCAAAUGCUGCAAAAGACUGAACUUUCAGGAGAGAAUCUACUUGAUUGGUUAGAAAAGGUAACUAGUAAUAAGUGUCAGCCCUAGUUUGUGUUUUAUGGUAGUUUUACAUGUAACCAUUUCUUUCCAUUGCUCACACUUGUUUCCAUUCUCUCUCAAAUAAAUUUCUUUUUCAUAGAAAUUCAGGACAGGAAGGGACCUGGAUAGAUCAUCUAGUCCAGUCCCCUGCACUGAGGCAGGACUAAAUAUUAUCUA